GCGGGAAAGCGUGAUGCAGAAUGCCUGCGACCGCCAUAUGAACGGCGCCAACAGCUGCUGCCGUUCCCACUCGUGCUGUGGCCGCCCCCGGCGCCUUAUCUCUUGCCGGGAGUAGAAGGGCAACGCGGCCCCGGGGACCCGGCCGGGGGGUGGGGAGAUGGCGGAGCCCGGCGGGACAUCCUCAGGCGCAGGCGGAGCUGGUGGAAAUUCCUCGGGGCCGGGCGGGACCGACCCAGGUUCGCUGCCCCCCGGCGACGCGCAGCUCAUCGGCCUCAUCGUGGGCCAACUCAAGAGCCGCGGCCUCUUCGACGCUUUUCGCCGGGACUGCCUAGCCGACGUCGAUACUAAGCCAGCCUAUCAGAAUUUGAGACAGAAAGUGGACAACUUUGUAUCUACCCACCUGGAUAAGCAAGAAUGGAACCCAGCAAUGAACAAAAACCAACUACGGAAUGGGCUCAGACAAAGUGUAAUUCAGUCAGGGAUGCUGGAAGCUGGAGUGGACAGAAUUAUUUCUCAGGUGGUGGAUCCAAAACUUAACCACAUCUUCAGGCCACAGAUAGAGAAGGCAAUUCAUGAUUUCCUGGCUGCACAGAAGAAAGAGGACAUGGUGCCAGCUCCUCCUCCUCCCCCAGAGCCUGAGACUCAGAAUCCUUCUCCACCCCAAGAUGCCUCGUAAGUGCAUUUCUGGAUUUAAGGUGGCUACAGUUUCAAAACCCAGGCUGACAAUUUGGCAACGGGCUACAUAUCUGCAGGAAUACAGAUUGUCAGCUAUUAUCAACUGCGAUUGAGGAACAGGGUUGGCAAAAGUCACCAGUGGUUUCUGUUUGGAAUGGAGGGAUCAACUAGAUGUGGAAGAGUAUUGCUAUUUGCUGAAGUAGCAUCUGUUUUGCUAUUUCUGUGUUUGGGGAAUGGCCUCUUUUUAAGGAGCCACAAUAGGGGAAAGGGUUUCGGGUGUGAUGUUAGUGGAUUUGGUGGUAUUGGGAAAUGUAGCAAUAGGAAAGGGUACAUUUUUCAGUAUGCUUGGUUUCCUUAGAGGCCGCUGUGUCAGAAUUACCCAGAAGGCUAGGUAAUUGAGCAGUGAGCAUGCA